GUUGGAAGUCCGCGACGGACACCGCCCCCAUUCUCUCAUUUGCCCUGAUAAUCGUUCCCCCCUAAUCCAGCCCGGUGCCAAAGCUCCCGGGCCGCCCAUGAACGGCACCAUGGCCGCGUCCUCUCACCGGGUAACGUUAGGACCGCUGGUCGCUGCCAUCGACCAGGGAACCAGUUCCACCCGCUUUCUGGUGUUCAAUUCUAAAACAGCCGAGCUCCUCAGCCAUCAUCAGGUGGAACUCAAGCAGAGCUUCCCCAAAGAAGGAUGGGUGGAGGAAGACCCCAAAGAAAUCCUGCAGUCGGUGUACGAGUGCAUGGAGCGUACGUGUGAAAAACUCACCCAGCUCAACAUCGACAUCUCCAACAUUAAAGCGAUCGGAGUGACCAACCAGAGAGAGACCACGCUUGUUUGGGACAAAGAGACGGGGGAGCCCCUCUACAAUGCCAUCGUCUGGCUCGACCUGCGCACUCAAUCCACUGUUGAGCGUCUAAUCAACAAAACUCCAGGACGGAACAAAAACCACUUGAAGCAUAAAACGGGGCUCCCCAUCAGCACUUACUUCAGCGCGGUGAAGCUUCGCUGGCUGAUGGACAACGUGGACGAGGUCCACCAGGCCGUGGUGUCUCACCGCGCCAUGUUCGGCACCGUGGACUCCUGGCUCAUUUGGUGUUUGACCGGCGGCAAGUCAGGCGGGGUCCACUGCACGGAUGUGACCAACGCCAGCAGAACCAUGUUGUUCAACAUUCACACUCUGGACUGGGAUCCAGAACUCUGCAAAUAUUUUGGUAUUCCCAUGGAGAUCUUGCCCAGAGUGAGGAGUUCUUCAGAAAUCUACGGCCUCAUGAAAAUUUGUUCUAGCCGGAAAUCUGGAGCUCUUUCAGGGAUCCCCAUUUCAGGGUGUCUCGGGGAUCAGUCGGCAGCGCUCGUUGGACAGAUGUGUUUUCAGGACGGUCAGGCUAAAAACACGUACGGAACUGGCUGCUUUCUGCUGCGAAACACAGGAGCCAAGCCCGUGAUGUCGGACCACGGCCUCCUGACCACCGUGGCGUACCAACUUGGUCGAGACAAACCUGCGUGCUACGCGCUCGAGGGCUCCGUGGCCAUUGCUGGAGCCGUGGUCCGUUGGCUGCGGGACAACCUCGGGAUCAUCGGAUCAUCUGAAGAGCUCGAGAAGUUGGCUGCGUCGGUCGGUACAUCCUACGGCUGUUAUUUUGUUCCCGCCUUCUCGGGUCUUUAUGCUCCUUACUGGGAGCCCAGUGCGAGAGGGAUCAUCUGUGGCCUGACGCAGUUCACCAACAAGAGCCACGUGGCGUUCGCUGCACUGGAAGCUGUGUGCUUCCAGACGAGAGAGAUACUGGACGCAAUGAACCAGGACAGCGGCAUCCCGCUGACUCAGCUGCAGGUGGACGGAGGAAUGACGUCCAACAAGCUGCUGAUGCAGCUGCAGGCGGACAUCCUCUGCAUCCCCGUCGUGAAGCCAUCCAUGCCGGAGACCACCGCUCUCGGGGCGGCGAUGGCGGCGGGAGCAGCAGAGGGCGUGAGUGUGUGGAGCCUGAGCCCCGAGGACCUGAGCGCCGUCACCUCCGAGAAGUUUGAGCCUCAGAUCAACCCCGACGAGAGCGAGUUCCGGUACGCCCGGUGGAAGAGGGCGGUUCAGAAGUCCAUGAACUGGGAGACGACGGAGCCAGUUGGAAACGGCAACGGUGAGACGAGCAUCUUCAGCAGCAUCCCUCUGGGCUUCUACAUCAUGGGCAGCAUGUUGAUGUUAGUUGGUGCCAAAUACCUCGCAGGUCAGGACUAACUCCUGGAGGCAAAGAGGAACCGGACCAACGCUCCACGCUUUUGACGCUGAAUCUGACCGAAGACCAGGACAACUUUGAACACACGGACUCUCUAUUUUCUUUCCUCCUCUUCCGUACGUUUCUUUGCAACAGGUGUCGGUGCAUUAGGUUGAUUUUAGCAGGAGUUUGCAUGGGGUAUUUAUUAUUUCACUGUGUUGAUAAUAUAAAUGAUCUUAUUUAUGCAGAAACUUCCCCAAUGGGAUUUACUUUUUUUUUUUUUUUUGAAGUGAAGAUUGCAAACUUGUGUUGGAUACUGUUCCAAACCAGAGCACUUUAAUGUGUUGUCUUUGUGUGACGUGUGUACUAACAGACUUUAAUGUACACACAUAUAUUUUUGUUUCUAUCAUUUGAGAUCAAGACAGAAAUUUAGGUUUUUGUGAACAUAACAGGGCAGAUUUAUUGGACUGAGGGUUUUCUUUGGAAAGGAAAGUGAUUCUUUUGUACCAAUAAGUCUGUUUUUAAACUGUCACAAUGCGGUUUAAAACAUGGCAGAGAUGAAUCAACAUUAGUUCACAAAGAAAAAUACCUAUGAAUCAACUCUAGAAUUCAACCCUGAUCAUCAAAUGACAUCAGAAAAAUGGCAGAACUUGUGUGUGUGUGUAUAUUUUUUGCAAAACGUGAUACAUUUUAGGGGCAGGCAAAUGUUUUCUUGCAACUCUCGAUACGCUUUAUUGCGCUAAAAUGUUCUGUGUUUUUAACUACUUAAUAGACGGUUGGUGCAACGAGACAAUUAUGAAACAAAUAUUGAACUGAUCCCCCUUCGCUUCAUGUAUGACAAGUCAAAGCGUGUUUACUCUGUUCUUCGGCGUGGAUCUGAUUUGAUACCUGAUAACAGGUGGAGGCACAAAGUGUAUUUAUUAACAAAUGUGUUUUUCACUGUAUGUUCAUGACCUGAUGGGGUUACAUCACUUCAUUCAAAGUGCUCUUUUGUGGUGUGACCACAAAGUACUUACAAAUAAUUACAAAUGUAAAAUAGUGGAAAUCUUGUAUUUCUUACUUGAAUAAAAUGAGGCAAACCCCUGAAGGCAAAGUGCUGCCGAUGGGGCCUCCAACUGUGAA